AUGGAGAAAUCAAAGAGUGUAUCUACUCCUCUUGGAGCUCAUUUUCGUCUGAGUUCAGCUACAGAGAAGGAGGUGAGGGAGCAGGAAGUCUACAUGAGAGAUAUUCCUUAUCAGAGUGCAGUUGGGUUGUUGAUGUACUCAAUGGUAGGAACCAGGCCUGAUCUAGCCUAUGCUAUAGGAAUGGUUUACAGAUUCAUUAGCAGUCCUAUCAAGAUUCACUGGCAGGCGGUUAAACGGAUCCUUAGGUACUUGAGAGGCACUACAAAGGUGAAGCUGGCGUAUACGAAUGAAGGAAAGUUUAUUGUUCGAGGGUACUGUGAUGCAGACUAUGGAGCUGGCUUGGAUAAAAGAAAAUCAGUUACUGGAAUGGUAUUUACAGUCGGUGGUAAUGUUGUGAGCUGGAGAUCAAAUCUUCAGAAGUCUAUAGCACUGUCAACUACAGAAGCUGAGUGGAUCACAUUGGGUGAAGCAUCGAGAGAAGCUAUGUGGCUGAGAGGUUUUAUCAACGAGUUGGGGUUUGAGCAGGAUCUGGUAGAAGUGUUCUGUGAUUCUCAGAGCGCUAUUGCGCUUUCCAGGAACCCGGUUCAUCAUGAGAAGACAAAACAUGUGGACGUGAAGUAUAACUUUGUUCGUGAGUUAGUCAGUGAGAAGAUCAUUGAUGUGGUGAAGAUUGCGACACAGUACAACCCUGCAGAUAUUUUCACGAAGGUGUUACCAGUUGGGAAGAUGAGAGAAGCCUUGAGGUUUCUCAGAAUCACAGAAAACUGA